UAAAUACAGAUAAAAUCCAGUAGGUGGGCGAAAACUGGAGCAGGGCGAAAACUGGGUCCUCUACCCUAUUGCCUCGUGGUACAAUUUGCAUAUUCUGCAGCGACGGCUUAUUAUCACGUCGGUGACAUAGAGCGCUAAUAAUUUGCCCUGGAAGAUACGCCAAGGAAGUGGCCCGGCUCCGUUUCCGAACCUAAUGAGGCGUACUUAAUGAUAUGCGCCAAGAUGUCUCACCCCUCGGUGGCGCGAUGAUAAUCCUUUGAAGAACUUGAGCUAGACGAUGAAGGCGAGCGCACCUGAGAUGUGGAGACAACACCUUUUCUUGAGUAGGUGGGAGAGAAAAGUGGAAAUUUUAUUUAUUUUUAGAAAACUUCGUCUUUUCUUAUGAGUUGCUCUUGAGAAUCGAAGUGGCGCUCCCCUCGGGAAAUGUCACUUAUUGUUUACAUUUGAAUUUUGAUCAUUCCCCGUGGGAAAAUUGGCUCGAAUUUCGAGGCAACUUGGAUCAGGAAUUGCAUCAAUUGAAUGCACUGUGACAAGUCUCCACUUUAUAAUAAGGUGCGUUUUGUACGAUUUUCGGAUACGAGGACCGAUUCUACAGUUUUACCACCCACUUACUUCAUGCUCACUUGCCGUGUCGGUAACGAGACUCUUCCGCCGUGGUUUUGUUUACUAUUUUCGCAGACACACACACAACCAAGACCUCUCGAGAUGAUGAAUCACGCUUGAGACGUGUUCCUCGAGUGGUGUCUGCGCUGCUGCUUUUAUGUUUGUGAGAAGCGGUCCUCCCGUACACCAGCUGAGCUCACUCGGGUAAUUGGAUUAUGCUGACCCUGCUGAAUUGACCCCGGUGAAUGCAGCGCUUCGCGCUCUGCAUCGUAUAUGGGUUAAGCUUGUUACGGAUUCUCAGUGUGCAGCGUUCCCGGAGUUUGUUCUCUCUCUUCGCCCGGUUUUGUCGCCCUCUCCGAACUAAUACAAGCAGAUUCUUUAGCAUUGCUUGUAUUGGUGACAUGCGAUACGGUUGGCAGCUCUGGGUGUCAAACUCCGUAGUUUCGUUGUCAUUGCUCGUCGCAGCUGCGAGAUAUUUACAAAUUUUGGCCAAAUCUCGACUCAAUAUGUUUGCCGAUUGAUCCUGACUGUCACCGACCUGUACUUCGAGAACAUCGCACGGCUAACGAACAUCGCAUCGGGAUGGCGGUUCGGCACGUUCGCUGGGCGUUCGACCUGGCCAGCUGGCGGCCAACGCUGACGGAUCUGCUGCUGGCGACAGCCUGUAUUCAGCCGGAGGAGAAGCUACGGCUGGCAAAGUUUGUGUUUCGCGAUGACUUUAACGCAUCGUUGAUUGGGCGGCUGCUGAUGAGGCGGUUCGUGCACGUAGCGACGGGGCUGGAGUACGACAAGAUCGAGUUCGAUCGGGAUGUGAAGGGGAAGCCGUUCCUGAAGAAUCAGGGGUACGAGGUUGAGUUUAAUGUAUCUCAUCAGGGAAGGUAUUCGGUGCUGGCUGGGCUGGUUGUGGAGAAGGAUUGUGCGGUGAAGCCGACGGUCGGGGUGGAUGUAAUGAAGAUCGAGUACGGAGGAGGGAAGCCGCUGGGCGAGUUCUUCAGACUGAUGAAUCGGAACUUUUCCGAGGAUGAAUGGGUGUACAUAAAGGGUCAAUGCGAGGAGCAGGAACAACUGGAAGCGUUCAUGAGAAACUGGUGCCUGAAGGAGAGCUACGUCAAGAAUGUGGGUGUUGGAAUAACCGUUGAUCUGAGGAAGGUCAGCUUCGCGAUCGGAAGCAAGGAACUGCACACGAAGCGGGUGGUCUGUGAUAGCAAGUUGAGGCUGAACGAUGAACUGUUGAAGGACUGGCGCUUCGAGGAAUCUCUUAUCGACAAAGAUCACUGCGUAGCUGUUGCGCUGGAAAACAUUCCGGCUGGAGAAGACCUAACGGGCAACUUCUUUGAGACUGUCAGCUUCGCUGAACUGGUGGAGGGCCAUAAGCCACUUUUGGCGAUCGAUGAAAACUACUGCGAAGAUAUUAUCAAUAAGGAGUACAAGAAGAUGAAAUAAAGCUAUUUACUUGUUGGUUGGGGGUUUUACAUGUUCAA